GUACGCGGUGCUGCUGAACACGGACCUGUGCCCGCUGCCCGGCUGGCUCGGGGUGCUCGUGAGGACCAUCCAGACCUACCCUGGCGCCGGCAUCGUGGGACCCAUGAUGGUGAAUCCACAGGGCCGGGUCAUGGAGGUCGGGGGCUCCGUGUUCCAGGAGGGCAGACCGGCCAACCGCGAGCGCGGCUCCGCGCCGUCCGAGCUGAUGUUCCUGCACGCCACCUCGGCCGGUUACAUCAGCGCCGCUUGCGUUUUGUUCGACCGCGAGUUAUUUCUUUCACAAGGCCUCUUCGACCCGCAGUUCGCCCCGGCAUAUUUCGAGGACACCGACGCCGCCCUCACGAUGCGCGCGGCAGGCUACCUGACGGUGGUGCAGCCGCUGGCCGUGGUGGUGCACGCGGAGGGUUCGACUUACAGCAGCAAGGAGAAGGAGGAGCGGAUAAGAGUCAACCAGCAGAGGUUCUACACCAAGCACAAGGCCCAGCUGGACCAGCACUGCCCGGUGCCGAUGGACUCGUGCCGCGAGCGGGCCAGCGUUGACCGGGCCAUCACCUACGACGCGUUCCAGCGGCAGGGCGCCCAGGGCAAAGACGGCGAGAAGCGCGGCGACGUGGUCACGGUCUACGAGAGCGACUCGGACGAAGACGUCUUCGUGGCCGGCGACGGCAGGACCGGGGACAUCGUCGAGGAGGAGACCUUCGAGUGCGACGUGUGCGACGACGAGUUCCAGCGGCCCUUGCACGUCGGCGGCUGCAGCGACGACGACGAGUGCGACUGCGAGCUGACGGCCGACGAGGAGGACGAGGAUCAGGACAUAGACGACCUGUACGAGGCGUACACGGCGGCGAGGGAUGACAUGGAUGACGUGAUCGAGGCGUGCCGUAGGCUGACCGCGAUGCCCAAGGACGAGGACAUGCCAGAGGUGCUGACGGCGUCGGCUCACGAGCCAGGGUCGGGCGUGGUCGACACUGGGCGCGGCAAGGGAGUCAUCGGCGAGAAGACCCUCAAGGAGCACAAGAUGGAGAUGGAGAAAGCAGGAGCCGCCGGAGGAGCAGCGGAGGAGCCGCAGGUGCAGCCGAACUCCGAUGACCGCGAGGGGGACGCUGAGGCGGCACAACCCGCUGAUGUACCUGCCGCUCCACCGGCCGACGAGAUGGCCGCUGAAUCGAAGGUGCACCGCCGACUGGCGGGCAAGAGGGCGGUCUACCCGGCCGAGGUGCGGCCUCCCAAGGCGCCCAGGGUCGAACCUGAGGAACCGCUGCCAACUCCUCAGGCGAAGAUGCCUAGGCUGUCGGAGGACGUCUGCAGCGUGCUGCUGGCGAGCGUGGUGUCCGACACCGUGGAGGACGAGAAGGAGCUGCGCGUGCUGUGCGUCAACUCCGAGGACGAUGAGGAGCUGGAGGACGCGAUGUUGGCCGGCGGGAGGCGCGAGCUCAACAGGAAGGAUCCAAAGUGGACCAGCCGGGAGGGGCUCGCGAAGAUCGACGCCGGCAUUGGCAAGGAGGUGGACAACCUGUUCAACAAGAAGCAGGUCAGCGAGCAGCUGGUGGUCAGCGUGCUCGGUCUGGCAGUCCUCUUCGUCCUCGGCGCCAUCUUGUGGAAGAUCAGCGUGGUUUCAGAGAACCUCGACGGCAUGUACUACAUCGUCGAUGGGGUAUCUCAGCGCUGCGCGUUCAUCGAGCGGCGCCUCAUGGGCUUGGAAUUCAGCCCAUUCGAAUGCUGCCGUCAGGUCAUCUCGGCAAUUGUCGAGUGGGACUUGAAUCAGGAUGCGGCGUACGGCAGUCGUCAAGCCUUUCAGCAACUCAGCCGCUACUCGCGCAACCUCUACCAGCGCACUCACACCGUGCCUUCAGCGGCGCUCCUCAGCAUCAUCGUCAACAAAGCAAUGACUGAGUCCGGUGAGGCCUCAGACGGCGUGAAGAUCACGACGUUGAAGGCGGACUUCCGCAAUCAGCGGGGUCAGCAUCUUCACGGUCAGCAGUACGACGAGACAGCGAGCAAGGAGAACCGCAUGGGUCAGUUGACGCCUCAGGAGAUCGUGGACCUGUACGGCUUUUAUUAG